CAAAUGAGCGUUAGAACUAAGGCUGCGGUUUCCGAUUGUCACUUUAUUGGAGACAAAAGCCUACAGCCUCGUUUCCGUGCAUGUAUUAGACAAGAUGAUGUCCCUUCUCGGGAUAAUGGCGGCCUUGAGCUGUUGGCAGCUGGCCUCUGCCGACAGAGACCAGCGGCGGUACUCCAACCCAACUUAUUAUAACGUCGGAGGAGUGCUCUCUAGCAAUGAGUCAAUUGCCUUCUUCAAAGAUACUAUUUCGAAUCUUAACUUCAAAGAUCAAUAUGUCCCAAAAGGUGUGACCUAUCAUGACUACUCGAUUUUGAUGGACACAAAUCCUAUUAAGACUGCUUUGAAUGUUUGCAAGGAUCUAAUUGGCCAUCGGGUUUAUGCUGUCGUAGUCUCCCAUCCUUUGACUGGAGACUUGUCUCCGGCAGCCGUAUCAUAUACGAGUGGAUUUUACCACAUCCCAGUCAUCGGUAUAUCUUCAAGAGACUCUGCCUUUUCUGACAAGAACAUUCACGUGUCGUUUUUGCGGACAGUUCCGCCAUAUUCACAUCAGGCCGAUGUGUGGGUCGACGUGCUGAAACAUUUUAAUUACAUGAAGGUUAUCUUCAUUCAUAGUUCGGACACCGAUGGUCGUGCCAUUUUAGGCCGAUUCCAAACCACAUCCCAAAGCGUCGAUGAGGAUGUCGACAGAAAGGUAGUGGUCGAACAAGUUAUUGAAUUCGAGCCAGGUUUAGACUCAUUCAGUGACAAACUAAUAGAAGUAAAAACCGCGAGAUCAAGAGUGUUCUUAAUGUAUGCCAGCAAAACCGACGCUGAAAUAAUUUUCCGCGACGCAACCUUCCUGAACAUGACGACGACGGGCUACGUGUGGGUGGUGACGGAGCAGGCGCUGGACGCCGCCAACGCCCCCGAGGGACUGCUCGGGCUGCGCCUCGUCAACGCGACUAACGAGCACGCUCACAUCCAGGAUUCCAUCUAUGUUCUGGCAUCAGCCAUACGAGACAUGAAUACAACUGAAGAAAUAAACGCACCACCUUCAGACUGCGACAACUCUGGAAGCACGUGGAAUACUGGUCGGCAUCUUUUCGAUUACAUAAGGAAGCAAACGCUGGAUAGCGGAGCGACGGGCCAUGUGGCGUUCGAUGAUCACGGGGACAGAGUUAACGCCGAAUACGAUAUGGUGAACGUUAGAGCACAAGGCGAACAUGUAGCGGUCGAAUACUUCUAUUCUAAGGAUGUGAGGAAGAUGCGCCUAGAGCUCAAAGAACAAGAAAUAAUUUGGAUGGGCCGUAGUCCCUCGAAGCCUGAAGGAUUUAUGAUACCUACUCACUUGAAGGUAUUAACAAUAGAGGAAAAACCAUUUGUAUAUGCACGACGGAUUGAUGACGGCAGCGAAUGUACUGCUGAAGAGAUUCCCUGUCCACAUUACAAUACGACCAACGACACAGAUCAAAUGUACUGCUGCAAGGGUUUCUGCAUGGACCUCCUGAAACACCUGGCUACGUGGAUUAACUUCACCUAUUCAUUGGCGCUUUCACCAGACGGACAAUUCGGGCACUAUGUUAUUAAAAACUAUUCCGCCCCUAGCCCGAAAAAGGAGUGGACCGGGCUCAUAGGCGAACUAGUGUAUGAACGCGCAGAUAUGAUUGUGGCCCCACUGACCAUAAACCCUGAACGUGCAGAAUUCAUCGAGUUUAGCAAACCGUUUAAAUAUCAAGGAAUAACAAUUCUAGAGAAAAAGCCAUCUCGAUCUUCGACACUGGUAUCGUUCUUACAACCAUUUUCGAACACCUUAUGGAUAUUAGUCAUGGUAUCAGUACAUGUAGUGGCAUUGGUACUGUACCUGCUGGACAGAUUUUCGCCGUUUGGAAGGUUUAAGCUGGCUAACAUAGAUGGGACAGAAGAAGAUGCGUUGAAUUUAUCGAGCGCCAUUUGGUUUGCCUGGGGAGUUUUGUUGAACAGCGGCAUCGGAGAAGGAACUCCUCGUAGUUUUUCGGCGAGAGUGCUCGGAAUGGUGUGGGCAGGAUUUGCUAUGAUAAUUGUUGCUUCCUACACUGCCAACUUGGCUGCUUUCCUCGUCCUCGAGCGCCCAAAAACAAAACUCACUGGAAUUAAUGAUGCUAGGCUCCGAAACACAAUGGAGAACCUUACAUGUGCAACAGUGAAGGGUUCGGGAGUGGACAUGUACUUCAGGCGGCAGGUGGAGCUGUCCAACAUGUACCGCACCAUGGAGGCCAACAACUACGAUAACGCGGAGCAGGCCAUCCAGGAUGUCAAAAAUGGAAAAUUAAUGGCGUUUAUCUGGGACUCCUCUCGUUUGGAAUUUGAAGCGGCUCAGGAUUGCGAGUUGGUGACUGCUGGAGAGCUGUUCGGCCGCUCUGGCUACGGAGUUGGAUUACAAAAAGGGUCUCCGUGGGCUGAUAAAGUGACCCUAGCUAUACUCGAUUUUCAUGAAAGUGGUAUAAUGGAGUCAUUAGACAACAAUUGGAUAUUACGCAAUAAUCUUUUGAACUGUGAAGAAAAUGAAAAGACUCCGAAUACCUUGGGCUUGAAAAAUAUGGCAGGAGUGUUCAUACUGGUGUUAGCGGGCAUUAUUGGGGGCAUAGUGCUUAUCGUGAUCGAAGUGGUGUACAAGCGGCACCAGAUUAAGAAGCAGAAGAGGAUGGAAAUCGCUCGGCACGCGGCGGACCGCUGGCGCGGUACCAUUGAGAAGCGCAAGACUAUGAGAGCUUCGAUAAUGCCUUCGCAACGGCGCGCCAAGUCGAAUGGAGUGAAGGAGGCUGGGAGCAUCAGCCUAGCCGUGGACCGCGGCGCGCUGCGGAGGCGCGACGAACCGAGAGUACCGCGGUACCUCCCUGCCUACACCCCCGAUGUAUCUCACUUGGUCGUCUAGCUUUAGACUGUAAACCGUAACGUUUAUUCAUAUGUCAAGUGGUUCUAUGAGGAAUGGGAUGGGCUUCUUCAUAGGCCAUCAUGCUACAUGGUCAUUAAUUACAACACCAAAUUAGGAUAAAUUUUAGGAAAUAAUGUAGCACGGCCUAGAAUUAAAGAUUUGGUGGUGGUCAUUGUUGGAAACUUAAAGCACUUAGCUCCUUGUGUUUUUGACGAGCAACAGUAGGUACUGAGAAAACAACAUGGCGUCUUUUUUAGGCGCACUACAACGUUCAAAUUCAAACCCCGUGGUUAUUUCAACGAUGGAAGUACCUGCAAUACGCUACUAAAAUAUUGUUUUUAAGGAAGUUUUAUAGUCAUUACUUUAUACAUAUUUGUUAAUAAUGUACUUAAAUUGUGAUGCCUGCCUAUGUUAAAUUUAUAGAUUUUAUGUAGGCAUAGAUUAGGUAAGAAUAGGUACUAUUAUUGUUCCGAGAAA